GCUGUUUGCUCGUGGAACGUUUGCGUGCUGAACAGACGUGAUUCACCGAGAACGUUCUAGGUUUUUUCUAUGAUUUGACUCAUAUUUGUCAAAUAUUCUUGUAAAUCCAACACUUUUGUAGCAUAAAAUGAUCCAGGCGCAUUUUUAUGCAAAGAUUGUGGAAAAAAUAUGAUGUCAGCAAGCGUUUCUGAGGAUCACUGCUCCGAGCCCCCAAGCAAAAAGUUGAAAGUCCAGUCCCAGACUGAUACCAACAACACAUCAAAUAAUUCAGUUGCAACCACGAGUGUGGAAAUGGCAAAAAAUGGGGAUCAGACAGAAAUUGAUGAAGGCCUGUAUUCAAGACAGCUGUAUGUCCUUGGGCAUGCAGCUAUGAAGCUUAUGAGCAGGUCAAAUGUGCUGAUAUCCGGAAUGAAAGGUCUUGGAGUUGAGAUCGCAAAGAAUGUUGUCCUAUCCGGCGUCAAGUCCGUGACAAUCCAUGAUGAGGAACCAGUUACCAUUGCAGAUCUCUCCUCUCAGUUUUUUCUUCGUAAAGAAGAUAUUGGUAAGAAUCGAGCUGAAGUGACCACACCUCGUCUUGCAGAGUUGAACUCCUAUGUACCAGUAUCGCACCACACCACAGCUCUCAACGAGUCAUUCAUAAGUAAAUUUCAGGUUGUUGUCCUGACAACCUCCACAUUGGCAGCCCAGCUGAGUAUAGGAGACUUCUGCCAUUCCAGAGGGAUCCACCUGAUAGUGGCAGAAACAAGAGGAUUAUUCGGUCAAAUCUUCUGUGACUUCGGAGAAGAUUUUCUUGUGGUGGAUACAAAUGGAGAACCACCAGUCAGUAAUAUGCUUUCCUCAGUUACUAAGGAUGAACAAGGUGUAGUAAUGUGUUUAGACGAAACCAGACAUGGGUUGGAGUCGGGGGAUUAUGUAACAUUCGCAGAAGUCCAAGGUAUGGUAGAGCUUAACCAGUGCGAGCCACGCAAGAUUAAGGUGCUAGGACCAUAUUCAUUCAGUAUUGGAGAUACCACAAACCUGUCGAAUUACACCAGAGGUGGUAUUGUUACAGAAGUCAAAAUGCCUAGCAAAGUUUCAUUUAAAUCUUUAAGGCAGUCUCUUGCCGAGCCCGAGAUGCUACGGGGGAUAUAUGUCCAAUGCAGGCCUUCAUUGGAGGUGUCGCAGCUCAGGAAGUUCUUAAGGCAUGUAGUGGUAAAUUUAACCCAAUCAAACAAUGGAUGUACUUCGAUGCUCUCGAGUGUUAUCAAGAAAAUGGUACCGACAACCUUACAGAGGAAGAGUGCCAGCCAAAAGGCAGUCGAUAUGACGGGCAGAUUGCGGUAUUUGGUGACGGUUUCCAGAAGAAACUUGAAAGCUUAAAAUACUUCAUUGUAGGCGCUGGUGCUAUUGGUUGUGAGUUGUUGAAAAGCUUCGCGUUGGUUGGCGUGGGAUGCAGUCCCGAAGGCAAGGUCACCGUCACUGACAUGGAUAUCAUCGAAAAAUCAAAUCUUAAUAGACAAUUCUUAUUUCGUCCACAUGAUGUAACUAAACCCAAAUCAGACUGUGCAGCCAGUGCAGCUAAAAAGAUGAAUCCCUCCUUCAACAUUGUCCCCCACCAGAACCGAGUUGGCCCUGAGACAGAGAGUGUUUAUAAUGACGAUUUCUUUGAGAGUCUAGAUGGUGUUGCAAACGCAUUGGACAACGUCGAUGCAAGAAUGUAUAUGGAUAGGCGAUGUGUAUUUUACCGAAAAUCUCUAUUGGAGUCUGGAACCCUGGGAACAAAAGGCAACGUUCAAGUUGUGCUACCCUCAUUGACAGAGUCAUACGCAUCAUCGCAAGAUCCUCCGGAGAAAUCUAUCCCGAUUUGUACGCUAAAGAACUUUCCAAAUGCCAUAGAACACACGCUACAAUGGGCAAGAGAUGAGUUUGAAGGACUCUUUAAAAAUCCAUAUGAUAAUGCUCUUAUGUAUAUUACAGAUUCCAAAUUUAUAGAGAGGACAUUAAAGCUACCAGGAAUGCAACCAAUAGAUACAUUAGAUAGUGUGAAGAAAGCCUUAGUCGACGAGUGUCCAAAAGAAUUUGAGGAUUGUGUACGAUGGGCCAGGCUGUACUGGCAGACUCAGUACCACAACCAAAUAGCGCAGUUACUAUACAACUUCCCCGCAGAUCAGGUCACAACUUCUGGUGCUCCAUUUUGGUCUGGUCCUAAAAGAUGUCCACAUCCUCUCAAUUUUGAUUUUGAUAAUGAAAUGCACAUGGAUUAUGUAUGUGCUGCUGCCAACCUCAAGGCAGAAGUAUAUGGAAUUAAAGGAAGCAGGGACCGAGCAUUCAUCCGGAGUAUCAUGGAAACCAUAACCAUUCCGGCAUUCACUCCUAAGUCUGGUGUUAAAAUUGAUGUAACUGACGCUGAAGCUCAGAUGUCUGCCCAAGCCUCCGUAGAAGAUGAUACGCUAGAGUCAGUCAUGAAAAAUUUACCACAACCUAGUUCCUUUCAGAACUUCAAAGUCAAACCACUAGACUUUGAAAAGGAUGAUGAUACUAACUUCCACAUGGAUUUCAUCGUGGCCUCUUCAAAUCUAAGAGCAGAGAAUUAUGAAAUUCCACCAGCAGAUAGGCAUAAGAGCAAGCUAAUUGCAGGCAAGAUUAUUCCUGCUAUUGCAACGACCACUGCGAUGGUUGUAGGCCUGGUGUGCCUUGAGCUCUACAAGAUGGCUAAUGGCAACAAGAAGCUGGAGAGCUACAAGAAUGGCUUUGCCAACCUAGCCCUCCCAUUCUUUGCAUUCUCAGAACCAAUUUCAGCACCAAAACAAGAAUAUUAUGACAAACCCUUUACACUCUGGGACCGUUUUGAGAUUGAUGGCAGAAAGGCAGGAGGGAGCGAGAUGACCUUAAAGGACCUCCUAGAUUACUUUCAAAAUGAAGAGAAACUUGAAAUUACUAUGUUAUCACAAGGAGUCUGUAUGAUCUACUCCUUUUUUAUGUCUCCGGCUAAACAGAAGGAGCGUCUUGCUAUGAAAAUAUCAGAAGUCGUGGCGAAAGUAUCAAAAAAGAAAAUCCCGAAACAUGUACGACAUCUAGUCUUGGAACUUUGUUGCAAUGACAAGGACGGAGAAGACGUCGAGGUGCCAUAUGUACGCUACACUUUCCGUUAAACAUCGUUCUGCAUCCUUAAGGAAGUGCCCACCUUUGGUCAAACGAAAUGUAAAUGAGAAAUAGAACCAUUCUUGAGAAUGUAAAAAAUCAUCACGAAAACUGAAAUGGCUUCAAAAUCAUGUUUGUUUUAAGCCCCUGAAAGAAGUUUCCCUUAAGAGAAUGAAAACAACUAAUUGGAGAAUAAUAGUUUAGUCCAAAUUUGUGCUGCUUAUGGUGUUGCAAGGUAAAGAAGUGUAUAGAUGAUGUCAUACUUGUGUGCUUUGUUUAAUAUGCUAAUGAGCAGUACAUACCCAGUCCAUCCUUUGUAUUUAUUUUGGCAUUAAUGUCAAUAUUUUUUUCUAUAUGUGACAUGAGAAACAAAAUUCUCGAAAAAUGUCCUUGUAAUACUUGACUGAACAAAUGAUGGUUUUGUAGUUAAUUUUAAGUCACUGAUGUUAACUGUUGACCAGGUUAGAUUAAUUAUUGACCAGGUUAGAUUAAUUAUUGACCUGUUUGGGUUAACUAUUGACAUGUUUAGGUUAACUAUUGACCUGGUGUCAGUCUGAAAAUAUUGUCUGGUGUACUAAUAAUAACAUGUAUUCACAAUACAUAUAUACGGCCUUCAUAUUGUAGUUCUACAAUUGGCUAAGCAGACAACAAAACCAAAAGCUAUUAUUGGCCAAUGCUUUACAUUGAUCAUGGUCAAAGGUCAUUUAUACUAGUCUUGUAUUUGAGAUGUUCGUGUAGAGACUUAUUAAUGUUAAAAAUAAAGCAACUAAUGUUAUUUGUAAACAAAAAAUCCACCCAGCCAAAAUUAUCUCUUAUAAUGUGUCAUUUCUUUUGUAUUAGUAUAACUUACCACACACAUAAAAUGGGUGUAGUUGUCAUUGAGAUCCGGCACAAAUUUUCUACUAUUGUAUUAAAAACACUAUAGUUAGUUAUGCAGGACAGUUGUUCAGUACAGAAGAGAUACAGAGUCAGUCACUAAAGCUUCAUAUGUUUUUCCUACUGAUGUUGCAAAAUAUAAACAUUGUGUUGCUACAGAUGAAUUCAGGAUUAUACUUGAGGGAUAAAAUAGCAUGUAUAGGCUGCCAGCAUGAGAUAGAUAAAUGCACUGUGUAACAGUGUUUUAGACAAUGUGGCUUAGUACAAUGUGAUAACAUAUUCAGUGAUCUUGUGACAAUGUCGUACCAUUCAUGGAUGUCCUAGCGAAUCAAAUUAUGGCUUUGUAUUAUGUCAUAUCAUUCAUUCAUGGAUGUCCUAGCAAAUCACAUUGUGACAUUGUAUGAUGUCACACCCAUUCAUGGAUGUCCUAGCAAAUCACAUUGUGACAAUAUAUGAUGUCAUACCACUCAUGGAUGUCCUAACGAAUCACAUUGUGGCAUUACGUGAUGUUGUACCAUCAAUGGGCAUAUUAGCCAAUUAUAUUCAUUGUCUUAAUGUCUGCUUUGUCCUGUAUUAAAAUUCUAGUGUUGAA